AUGCGGAAUCGGCAAAUCCGGUUGCAAAAAACACAGUCGAAAGCUUCCUUAAGCGGUAUUGGCGAGAUACGGUUUUCUUUCAGCGUUAUCUUCUCAAGGGUAAUGUUUCCAAAGGAAGUAACAAUCCUAUGGAUCAUGUCUUUCUAUGUCACCCAGUUCGAG